UCUUACCAUGGCCAACUACUAUGAAGUGUUAGGUGUACAGUCCAGUGCCUCCCCCGAGGACAUCAAGAAGGCGUAUCGAAAGCUGGCUUUGCGUUGGCACCCCGACAAGAACCCUGACAACAAGGAGGAGGCUGAGAAGAAGUUCAAGCAGGUGUCUGAGGCCUACGAGGUCCUGUCAGACUGUAAAAAGCGCUCUGUGUACGACCGGGCAGGCUGUGACAGCUGGCGGGCCGGCGGCGGUGGCGGCAACGUGCCCCACGGCAGUCCCUUCGGUGCUGGCUAUCCCUUCCGCAAUCCUGAGGAUAUCUUCCGUGAGUUCUUUGGGGGAGCGGACCCUUUCUCCUUUGACUUCUGGGACACCCCGUUCAGCGACCGUGGCCGGUCCUACGGUUUACGUGGGGCCUUCUCCUCGGGCUUCGGUGAGUUGCCAGCCUUCAUGGAGGCCUUCUCGUGCUUCGAUACCCUGGGCCGUGGUGGGGGCAGCCGCGCCACCUUCUCGUCCACUUCCAUCGGUGGCUCCAGUUCAGGCAACUCGGGGUUCAAGUCAGUGAUGUCAUCCACGGAGAUGGUGAACGGCCGCAAGGUGACCACCAAGCGCAUUGUUGAGAACGGCCAGGAGCGGGUGGAGGUGGAGGAGGAUGGACAGCUCCGGUCGGUAACUGUCAACGGCAAGGAGAAGCUGAUGCGGGUGGACACCAAGUGA